AGGUUUGGGGCCUAACCCACCGAUUUGGUUCCUUGAUUUUACAGCUUCCAUGUACUUGGAACGAAUAGGAUUUACUAAAAGGAAGCCUUUCGAGUACAGCAGCCAAAUCAGGACCUAAUCGGGACGAUUUCGCCAAACUUUCAGGUCAAGAAUAAAUCCUUGAAAAUUAUCAGAUAUAAUUUUUUAAUAUUGUAAUAGAUACUCGUUACAUUGACUAUUAAUUUCCGUUGUUUCAAGAACAGGAAAUGGAUCAUUGUGUAUAUAUCAGUUGCUUCAUGUUUUUUCCGAUCAGAUGGGACAGAAAAACGGGGAAUAGACAACAAAAACGAUGAUCAGAGCUGAUUCAAAUCUAAUAAAACUUGUCACCGAGUUGAAUAACGCACGUGAUCAGCGCAAGACAGCGUGACGGCUUAUUUUCUAGCAUGUGAUGUUGUUGGCCUAAAGUCGGAAUCGAGACGGCGAAAUGCAUAAGGAACGAAUUGGUGUCGCGGGAACUGCCAGAUCUUAAUUACAAACGUCUCCUUUUGGUGCAUCUCUUGGGAAAAUGGAGGGAAGGCAUCGCAUUUGAUAGGUCAGCGGAAGGCGACAUACUGCGUAUGCCGUCAUAUAAGCAGGAGAAGGAAGUGGCGGUCUGUUCAUUUGUUCUUAGCUUGUGUCAACCAAGGAUAGAGCUGGGAAAGGAGUUUUAACUGGUUUAUAAGUAUGAUGGCACCUAAACACAGUAUAAAGAAAUUUCCUCUGAUAUGGUUGUGGCUGGUUACUGUCUUCUUAGCUAGUGGUGUAAUCAUCAACUGUGUUCAGCUUCUUUUGUUACCACUGUGGCUCAUAAAAAAGGAUUUGUUUAGGUGGCUCAACUUGAAUUUGGUCUACCUACAUUGGUGCCAGUUGACAUUCCUUGCUGAUUGGUGGUCAGGUAUGAAUAUCAAGCUUUAUGGAACAAAGGAAGACUUUGACAAACUAGGAAAAGAGAGUGCUAUCUGCCUGGCAAACCAUCGCAGUGAUGUUGAUUGGUUGAUUGGAUAUACAGUUGCUGAGAGAGUAGGAGUGCUGGCGACUUGUAAGUGCUACAUGAAGGGCUACUUAAAGUUUCUACCAAUAAUGGGAUUCUCAUGGUGGUGCACAGAGUUUGUCUUCUUACAACGAAACUGGCAAAAGGACCAAAGAUUACUUGAGAAGAGUCUAAAUACACUUCAAGAUUUUCCAUUUCCAUUUUGGGUUGGUAAUUAUCUUUUAGUGUGAAACAUAAUCUAAGUGGAGAUAUUGGGAGAUGUUGCUUAGGUGUUGUUGUUUAAUGAAAAUAAAAAAUUAGUUGAUGAGUAACAGAUGCACAAUUUUCCAAGACCAAAGUGUACAAGUUGGUUUUACAGAGGUUUGGUCGAUGCUUGCAAUUAUUCAGUUUAUUUUAAGCAAAUUUCUUGGAAAGUGGGGAGUAUUUUAAACCUUCA